CAUGAAGUCAUGAACUCGCAAAGACACCCCUUUUGUAUAGUCGUCGAAAACAAAGGGAACACACAAAAAUGUCGAGGUUGCAUACGUCACUUCUCGACCACAACAAUCCCUUCCUCCUUACCCCGCAAAGCCUCUACCUCCUUCCCCGCCGGAUUUCCAACUUCCCGCCGGUAUCCGUUUCAAUUUUAUCUUCUCGCCGGAAUCUCACCGUACAUUCGUCAGCCAUCGAACAACGGCCGUCAAAUUUAGGCAAUCUGAUUCCCGCACUUGCCACUUCUGCUGCUCUACUCUUUCUCACCUUGGGUGGAGUUCGUAGCUCCGCCUGCUUCGCUGCUACUUCCGGUCGUCUUCCACCGGCAGUUGCUGUCCUCAAUGACGAGACAUUGGUCGACCAUCAGCCAGUUCAAGACACUGCAGAUGAUGGAGAAGAUGAGAAUGAAGAACUGAAAGCUGCGUUUGAGAGUUACAAAUCAAAAACUUAUGCUCUAACUGUUCCCUUGAGAAUUGUUGCUCUUCGCAACUCAGUCCCUCCUUUAUGGAUCAAGAAUUUUAUUCAAUCUCAAGGAAAGAGAGUGAAGUUUCGUCUCGAAUUUCGUGCAACUCUUGAGGAUAUAUUUUCUGAACUCUCUACAACAAUUGGUAAAGGAAAGACAACUUCUAAAUCUGCUUUGGGUGCUGAUCUUGUUUCUCUUGGUGACACCUGGAUCAAUUUUGCAAUUAGCAAGAAACUAAUAGAACCCAUACAAGGGGUUGAUGAUCAAGAAUGGUUCCACACACUAAGUGACAAGUGGAAGGUAUAUUUGCGCAGGAAUAAUGAAGGAAAAUCAGAUACUAAAGGUAAAAUAUGGGGUGUUCCAUAUCGAUGGGGAAGCAUGGUAAUAGCUUACAGAAAAACCAAAUUUCAACAGCGUAAUUUGGCUCCUAUUCAGGAUUGGGGGGACUUAUGGCGGAGUGAUCUUGGUGGGAAGAUUGGAAUGGUGGAUUCUCCAAGAGAGGUUAUUGGUGUAGUUUUGAAAUACAUGGGAGCUUCAUAUAAUACAAGUGACAUUGAUUCUCAAGUUAUUGGUGGGAGAAAUGCUGUGAAGAAUCAACUUGAUGUGUUUAGAAAACAGGUUCGACUAUUUGACAGUGCAAAUUAUCUAAAAGCAUUCAGUGUUGGUGACAUUUGGGUAGCGGUUGGAUGGAGUAGUGACAUUAUUCCUGUUGCCAAACGCAUGUCAGACGUUGCUGUUAUUGUUCCAAAAUCAGGAGCUAGUUUAUGGGCUGAUUUAUGGGCAAUACCAUCUGUUUCAAACGUGGAUAAUGAAGAACUUGGAGGGAGAAUUAGAGGGCCAUCUCCACUUAUCCAUGAAUGGAUAGAUUUCUGUUUACAACCUCAAAGAUCAUUGCCUUUUCAAAAGGAGGUAACAGCUGGCGCAUCGCCAUUGGCCCUUGAUAUUAACAACAACAACACCACCCAUGUUUUUGACUAUGAAAUUCUUGGAAAAAACAAGGCAAAACUUGAUACAAACCUCAUUGCGGGAGUACCCCCGCCUGAUAUUUUAAAAAAGUGUGAGUUUUUGGAGCCUUUGUCGGAUUCGGCAUUGGUAGAUUAUGAGUGGUUGAUAGGUAGCAUGGAAAAGGGUAAUUUUGGAAUUAUGUGUAAGUUGCGGGAUUGCGUGUCAUGGGCAUUGGAGAAAGUAAAGGUUAAGUUGUAGUAGGUUUGUACUUGUAUGUGUAAUUAAUUUGAGAUUGUUUGCAUGUUA